ACCCAUAGCUACUCACAGAGCCCUCCACGAGUAUGCCAGCAGCCAAGUCUAGAAGGUCGCGGCUUUCCUACCGAUGUCUGGGAGCCUUCUUCGCUUUGGCCCCCGCCCCCGGGGCCGCCUUCGCCCCUCUCUCCAUGCCCUCCCCUUUCCUGCAAAGUAGAAGACACGUCCCUUCCGCCUUCUUUCCCAACCCAUCGACUCUUCCCACUCCUUUCGCCUCUGUUUUCCCUCUUCAUGCCGCAGCUGAGGAGCAGGAAUCCGGGCAAGGAAAAUCCUCGUCGGGACCGAAAGGUUUUGGGAGAAAGACGCCGGCCCAGGAGCCAUCACCCUCUUCCUCCCCCGCCUCAACCUCUUCCUCAGAGCCAGAUGGCCCUUCAAACCCACUGUCAGCCUCGCAGGCUUCCCUUCAGGAACUUGACCGUUUGAAUGCUCGGCAAAAGAAAACGUAUUGGGAAAUUCAGAAAGAAAUGGAGCGGGAAAUGGACAUGCGGGAGAUCGACGAGUACAAGGAAACCCAGCGUUUGCUUGACGAAGGAGUGGUGGGGUACCUGCCAGAACGCAUCUCCAACCGUAUGCUCAAACGCCUGUUGCCUUUUAUUCUCUUCCCUGUCCUGGGUGGGAUCGGUCUUUUCGGGUUUUAUUUGUACUUGGCGAAAAACACCGAGAUCGACGUCCCUCCAGCAUUUGUGGCUUUUUCCACACAAGUGCCUUUCCUGGCCGCGUUAGUCGGCAUCACGUAUUCGAUCAUGUCGACGAGUUGGGAGCCAGAGGUGGAAGGCUCAUUCUGGGGGUUUACGGAGUUCAAAGCAAACGUGUUGAAUCUUCUAGAUUCGUUGCAGAAGACCAAGAGGGAAGAGAGCGCCAAGGAAAAGAUGGAAAAGUACUCGGGUUCCAGAGGACCCAACCGGGCCAAGCGGCGCGAGCUCGAUCGCCUCUCCAAGUAAAGCCAGAGCGCAAAGCGAGCAUGCUGGUGCAGUCAGAGGAGUCGCGUGGUUUAGAGAAAGGAGAUGGUCGUGCAUUGUGAGAGCCGUGGAGAGUUUACUUCCAAGAGGCAAGGUUGACUUUAGCUUUACAGCUACUUCAGGGAAGAUUCUGGCAGAUUUUAAGAUUCUAAGAUUCUGGCAGGAAAGUGUAUUUCAUGCCUAAGUUGAGUGGAAUUUAGCAUUUUGAAUGUUGUAAAGGGCUCGUCAACACGAGCAUAGCCCUGAUUACGCCCGUCUCAUUUUUCUGCUCCCGUCCUUCCCGAGUACAUUCUCCACAACCUCUUCCUUCUUCCCCUCGCUGCAGAAUGCAAGGAAGUCAAGGCACACAUGAUAAUUUAAUGGCAGAGCGCCAUGAGGGUUGCACAUCGAAAAUCGAUUAAUUCAGCAUCCUGCAGGAGGAAACUGUAAGGAGAUAAUUAAGAUGUCCGGAUGUA